AUGAUGAUUGAUGUAGUCAAAUUUUUGAUAAGUCAUGGUUUGCUUGUUUUUCUCACUAGUAUCUCAAUGAUAGUUUGUUCACGAAAACAACCGAGAAAAAAUGUAAAACCAUCAAUCGAGGAUCAACAGGAAAUUCCAUCGGAUAUAAAUUACGAUGAGACUCAAGAUAAUGUACAAACCGUUGAAUUACAAGAGGAUCCACUGGCAAAUGUUCGUCUUUUGACACCGACACUUCCAGGUGGAUGUACUGAUGAAAAUGCAGCAAAAGAGGCAGCAACACGCCAUAAAACGAAUCAAUACUUUCCAAAACUUGAAAUUCAAAGUCGACGAAUUGUGAAUAGAACAAGUAAAGAGGAGUUGAGACGACUGGUUGAGGAAUUGCCGAUGCAUCCACCACAAAGAUAUCGAACUGAAAUAAGAGAACCUGCUUUGGAAAAGAGAGUUGAGAAAUGGAAAGAUAUCCAUGUUCAUUGGCAUGAUGUUGGUCUCGUGUUUCUGGUCAGAAAUCAUGAUACAUGCCGUUCGAAAGAUGAUUCAGGAGGUGAUACAGUUGAUAGUCCGAACAAAGAAGAUGAAGAGAGCACUAAGAUCAAUUCUGAAAUACCGAUAUCCAAUAGGACACCUAAUAAAAGCAAACGGAAAACACCAGCUCCAGUUAAACAGUCUUCGAAGAAAUCUCUGAAAGAAAGAAAGUUGGCAGCAACUCAAGAAGAAACAAUGAAAAGUGAGAACAAGACACCUCAUGGAAUGACUCCAAAACCUCCUGGGAUGCCUUCUAAUAAAAGUGGUCGAGAAUCAGAUCUAAUAAAGAAAAAGUUCGAGAAAAAGAAGAAGAAAGCAGAGAAGAAGAAGAAAGAGAAACAGUAUCAGAAGAGAUCGAAUACUCAAACAAAGACGACUGGAAAGAAAAAGAAAAAGAAGAAGAAAGAUAAAAAGAGGAAGAGAAAUUCGAGAUCAAGAGAUUCGUCGAGUUCCGAAGAAUCAGAGAGUUCAGAUGAGAGUCAGAAACAGUUGAAAGCGGUUCAGUCGAAGUUAGCCAUUGAUGCAGCCAAUAUUGAUAAAAAGUAUCAUAUGACCGGAGCACUGAUCAAAAAGCCAGAAGACCCUCCGAAUUUCGCCCGAAAACUAUUGGAAGUUGAGUGGAAAGAUAUGAUAAUUGAUCCGAGUUUAACAAAUGACGUUGUCAAAACAUUGGAUGUUUAUCUCAAAAAUCAAGCAGAAUUGAAGUCAACGGACUAUAUUAUCAUUGCUGAAAAAACUGACGAUUACGAUAAAAAGGAGACGUCUCGUCUGAAGAUUCUGACGAAAUACGAUGAGGGACGUUUUUCAGCAAUCUAUAUGGUGCAGAACGAAUCUGCUGUGGAUAAUGAUGUUGUGUCGGUUGGAAAUGGGCGAUUGAUGAUGAAAACUGGUUUGAGACAACUAUCAAGUCGUCAAAUAAUUAAUCGUCUUUCGAGAGAAAUCAAUGUUCUGAAGACAUUGUGGUCGAAAACGAACGAUCUUCCUCAACGAAUUCCGCCUCUUUAUCAUCAUGGAAGAAUGAUUGGAGUUCCGUUUUAUGUCACUAAUAUUUAUGAUGUGAAUCUGGAAAAGUGUCGAGAACAAAUGGGUGGAGGAGCCUUUAGUGUUCAAUCCGCAUUUCAUAUUGCACAAGAAAUAUUUCUGGCAAUUAAGUUUCUUCAUCGUCGACAACUCGUCCAUCGUGAUAUAAAACCAACAAAUAUCGUUUUGAGUUAUCAAAAUCGUGAUCAUUGGUACCUUAUUGACUAUGGAGACACUAUUUCAGUUGGAAAGAACUCUGCAUUAAGCCCACCAGAUGGAAUCACUAUGCCGUUUUUAUCAUUGGAAGCUCAUGAUUUGUUGAAUACCAAUUCUUAUUCCUCAUUCCAACAGGAUACAGAAUCUUGGUUUUACGUUUUGGUGGAUCUAUUGAAACCACUUCCGUGGCGAAAUAACAACAAAAUCGAGCAAGUGGCAACGGCCAAACGAGAAUUCUUGAAAAACAUUCCAAACCGUCAAACCGAAUUUCCAGCCGCAGUUAUCGAUAUUGCCAGAGUUCUUCGCACCGAUACACCACCAGUGUAUUCAGAAAUUUCUCGGAAAAUUACCGAAGGAUUAUCAGUGAGCAGAAACACGACUUCUGGAGAAAAAUGGAUUCCAGAAUGGUAUGAUCGAGCAGCAACAAAGAAAUUGAAAGAACAGAAAGCACUGAGAAGAAAGAAAUCAAGAGAAGUGUCAGAGGCAGAAACUACUGCGACGAUAACUGGAGAUAGUCUAGAAACACAAGUAGCUGAUAAAAAGGACAGAAGUGUUUAUGCAACUGAACCUCAACAAUUGGGGAAUUUGAAUCGAAAGAAAGUUUCAACUCCUCCUCCAAAUCCUGGAACGACUACAAAUAGAAUGGCAGUGAUGGUUGAUGAUGAAGAACCACAGAGACGUAGUCCCGUUCAGAAGCAACAAGAACGCUCUGUUUAUUUUACUGAUAUUCCAAUCAUUUCGCCAGACAAUGGAGCAAAGAAGAAAUAUCGAUACAAACCGAGAAAUUGA